AUGGCGGAGUUGGUACCUUUUGCGGUUCCCAGCGAGGGCGACAGAACCUUGCUGGUGUGGGAGCUGAGCUCCGGACCCACGGCUGAGGCUUUGCGUCGUUCCCUGUUCACAGCGUUUUCCCGCUUUGGCCUUCUGUAUUCGGUCCGCGUCCUCCCAAUCGCGGCGGCGGCUCAGCCUGGUUUCCCUGCCGUCCUGCAGUUUUCUUCGGCGAGCGCUGCCCGCAGAGCCCGAAAGGCGUGCGACGGGAAGCGGCUUUUUCAGACGCCUCCUGCCAAGAUGGUCUGUCUCUUAUGACUUUAGGUUCGUCUUGGUACCAGACAUAAGGCAGUUCAACAUCAGGCCCUUCCCCUGAACAGCUCCCAAUGCCAAGAACUGGCGAAUUACUACUUUGGUUUCAAUGGAUGGUCAAAAAGGAUCAUCAAGCUGCAGGAGCUUUCUGACCUUGAAGAAAGGAAGAAUGGAGAUACCAUGGUGCCAUUUCCGAAGCAGAGCCUGAAGUUCUUCUGUGCUUUAGAGGUGGUGUUGCCAUCCUAUGAUUGCAGGAGUCCUGGCACUGGCUUGGUGGAGGAGCCUGUGAAUAAGAUGGAGGAAGGUUUGACCCUAUCAUUCCUUAUGAAAAGGAAGACAGCCCAGAAGCUUGCUGUUCAGAAGGCUUUGUCAAACGCAUUCCAGAAACUGUUGAUUGUGGUUCUAGAAAGUGGUAAAAUAGCUGUGGAGUACAGACCCAGUGAAGAGAUAGUGGAUGUCAAAGGGGAAGAGGAGCUGCGUGGUUUAAUUCAAGUCAGUUGCUCUCCCUGGAAGCAGUAUGGCCAAGAGGAGAAUGAGUAUCUCUCGGAUUUCAGCUUGGAGGAGGAAGAGUUUAGGCUGCCAGAACUUGACUAG